AUGAUAAAAUGUCCGAUCGAUCUUGUGAUCGUGAUGGACGAAUCGAGCAGUAUUGGAGAUCAAGAUUAUCAGCAAAGUCGUGUUGGAAUGGUGUCAUUCAGUGAUGAGGGACGUGUCGUAUUUGACAUGGACAAAUAUACAACGAACUCAGAUGUAGCAUCCGCAAUUAAAAAUUCAAACUAUCAUAAAGGUCUAACGAACAUCGCGGCUGGAAUGCAUGUCGCUACAACUCAAGUUUUCGCAAACGCAAAAGUCCGUAAUCCGGAAGUUCCAAAGGUGAUGGUUGUGAUAACCGAUGGUAUGGACAUCACUGAUGUUGCAGCAGAGCAUGCCCGAGCAGAUAAGCUUGGCAUCAGUGUAUUUGUCAUUGGAAUAGGCCAAGAUAUUGAUCGCGAAGAAUUGAUGAGAGCUGCUGGUGAUGUGACACAUCUCUUGACCUUUGACAGCUACGAUGCUUUAGCUGACGAUAUUAAUAAACUAUGUCCAAAUGAUGAAACGCAUGGACCACGAAAAUGUGCCUGCGAUUAUCACCACACGUGGCUUGACCUUGUCUUCAUAUUUGAUUCAUCGAAGGCUGUCCAAAGACAGGACUUCAAUGCGGCAAAUGUUGUGGGAACGUUGACAUCGUUCAAAACACCUGAUGAGGCAGCGAAUGCAAUGAGAAAUAUGCCAUUCCUUAACAGUAACUCAGCAAAUCUUCGCGAUGCAUGUGUGAAGGAUAUCAAUGAUCUUCCCCGUUUACGCGAAACCGANAUGUUGGACAGCAGCCACGAUGAACGCAAGAAUGUCCAAAACGUUGUCGUGCUCUUCUCAAGCGUUGAUCAACCGUGCACUUAUCAAGGCCAUAAGAAAUUGAGUGUGAAAAUGGAUGAUUAUAAUCCUUGCCGCAUUGCCUCACAUCUAAAAGAAAAUAAUAAUAUUAUUCUCACGGUUGGUCUCAAAUACGAUGGUGCAGAAAGAUUCCCAGAUCUACAGGUUGGAAGUGAUUGCUACAAACUGGAUUUCGAUACGGAGCUUGCGCACAACUUCAUCGAUGCUAUUUGCAGAGCUAACUGCUACUGUCUUCCUCCCUACGUGCAGUUCACGGAAAAGUGCACCGAAUAUGGUGAAUGCGUUUAUGUGCAAGGUCAAGCACUCGAUCACUCCACUGCUCAAGAAACAUGCUCGAAUUACAACACAACGAUGAUUGAUGUGCUCAGCGCCGGGAAAGAUAAAUUCAUCGCAAACAUGGAACAAAAGUACGGCUACAAUCAGUACUGGUUAGGAGCGUACUAUUCCGUCGAUCAUUUCGAAUGGGCAACUGGAUUCCAGACAGCUACUCAGCUGCAUACUAGAACGAGUCCAACCGGCGUGUUGACCACACUCGAAAUAGACCGUCUUUCGCAGAGGAAAGUCUCACACGUCUCAGACGUGUACAGUAGUCACUGCUCAUGGACAUGUGAAUUGCAAUGUGUGACUGAAAAGUUUUUGCGAUUGCAGAUGGAUGCUAAUGACUAUAAGCAUUGGGCACCUAAUGAGCCAGACCUUAAGAAAGGUGACUGUGUUUAUGAGGACAGCAAUGGCUGGCAUUCGGAUGAUUGCAACGACUUCCUGCAUACUCAUCACUUCCUUUGCCAGAAGAAAGCAUGUAUGCUUUUGUGCUCAUGCAAUCUCGUGCAAACUAUAAUAGCAAGAAUGUCAUGA